UGGCCGUGUGGCAUAUAUGGAAUAAAAUAUCGACCCGCCCGGAGAAAUGUGAAAGUGCAAGUGAAAGGCGCACCAAGAUGACACAGUGGCGUAACAAGGGAAACGUGGCGCCCGUAUCAGCAGUAAAGGACGAAAUUAACCUCUGUCUUCCCUGCAAUUAGUUAUCGGGCCCUAUAGGUCCCGCUAUAUCAGGCUUUGGCAGUUGAAAUGGUUGCGAAAAUUAUAUAUUUGAGAAUUCUACUUUGAAUUCGACCAGCAAUAAAAUCCCUUUUUUAUCGAAUCGAGGUCUUUCGGAAUAUAGAGAAACAGACGCGCCUAUAAUCCCGUACGCCACUGGAACCGCGAGAUGCGGAUAUCCAGGACGAUUUUAGAAAAAAUCCCGGCGGUGGAGUUUAUAUUAUAACAACGGCGCGUGGUUUGAAAAUUUCAUUUUGCUUUUUCCCGUACCGCUAGUGACUACGAGUGUGAGAUCAUGAUUAAGUUCGUAGGUUUUUUGGACGCUGUCGUGUGGUCUCUGCUGGUAUCGGUCAUCGCCACUCAAUCGCUCCAGGUCGUCGGCAUCGUGGAAUACCCUACGAAAGCGGAAACGCCGUUCGAAAUGGGAAGACCAUUUGAUUUGCAAUCCGACGGGCUGCUGAAUAGAGAUAAGAGACAGGCUGAGACUGAGGACAGGUCACAGUUUAUAGACACAUUGUUCAACAUCCCGAUCAAAACACUGACAGCCGUCAACAACCUGAUUCAAAGCUCGAGACCUGCCAUAAGGAAGGUCCGGGAGUUCAUGUCGAAGAGAUUCGAGAAGACAACCAAGGCGCCGGACACGGAACCCCAGCUCCAGAAACGAUCUUAUCCGGUAUACGUCAGACCCAAGGACGAAAAAAACUGAUCCAUGUCGCCUCUACCCUCCAUACGGUCUGUUACUUUUGUAUAAUCGCUUGACGUCAAGUCGCGUGGAAACUGCAAUCUGCAAAGGUUGCUGCUAGGGGUAGCAGGCCCUUUAAAAAUAUUAAAUCAUGUGCCCCCACUCUGACCACCGUUUGCACGAAAGCUGACGUUUUAUAGUGUGGUGUUUUUAGGUUAAGUUACACCUCUGGGAUGUUUUUUGUUAAUAACCUUUUUUUUAUUACUGGGCCAUUUAAAUCUGUUUAAUAUUUUCACUAGUAUUGUUAUUUGUAUUAUUAUUUAAUUAUUCAUUAGACUGCAUAUACAUAAUACAUAUGUGAUACAUCUACUUAUAACUUAUAAUUGCCUGUUUAAUGCGAAACUGCUAUAUGCCAUGUUUGUUGCG